AUGAAAUCAUUAUAUGAUUACUCUAAUGUUUUAUUUGAAUGCAUUAUGGUUCGUAAACAUUUUAUCAGCGAUGUGAAGUAUUAUUGCUAUAUUUUAAAUAACUACUUGCUAAUGAGUAGAGUAAGAUAUGAAAUGUAUCUAAGAAAGUGAAGGAUCCCUCUCCAAAAUAUGUUUUACCAUUAGAGUUGACAAAUUAGGUUGGAUGGAUUGUCGAGAGGAAAGAUAAGAAAAUUGAAUUUAAAGCUUUCACGAUUAAAUAUAUGGAAAAGUAUAAAGACUUUGUGGGAAGCAGCAAUGACUUGAAGAAGUAAUAAAAAUAAAUUAAGUAGACUGAAGGAACAUCUUUGUAAUAGAGUUACAUUCUACAAGAUUGCUGAUUUCUAUGAAGCAUAGUACAAUUUAGGUAAGGGUAGUUCAGCAAAGGUUAUUCAAAUAAAAGAAUUAGGAAAUGAAUAAUCAAAAUUGGCAGCAAAAGCAAUAGAUAAAAGUUAUCUAUAGAAAAGUGAAUCUGGAAUGUAGGCUUUUUUGAAUGAAGUCAAAAUCCUUAAUCAUUUAAGCAAGUAAAGUAGUUGUACUCUCUUCAUUAAAUUGUAUGAAACCUAUGAAGGGGAUCACACAUUUUACCUAAUCUUAGAUUUGAUGGAAGGACGAACCUUAGCAGAUGAAUUGGAUAUAUUAAAAGUAAAAGAAAUUACAAAAUAUUAGUAAAGAAAAGAGUUGUUUCCCAUGAAAUUAGUAAAAGUUAUUAUGAAACAAUUACUGCAAGGUGUGAAGAUACUUCAUGAUAAUUCUAUCAUUCAUAGAGAUUUGAAGCCAGAUAAUAUUAUGUUUCGAGAAUUAGAUUCUUAUGAAACUCUAACCAUUGUGGAUUUUGGAUUAUCGACCUUUACUGAUGUUGAUAAGUUUUAAUUUCCUAAAUGUGGUACUCCUGGAUAUGUUGCACCUGAAAUUUUAAACUUAGUUGAUAGACAAUAAAAAUAUGAUAAAGUUUGUGAUAUCUUUAGUUGUGGUUGCAUUUUUUAUAAAUUACUAUUUGGACAUAGUUUAUUUAUGGGUAAUACUUUUAAUGAAGUUUUGGGAUAAAAUAAAAAAUGUAAUUUUACAUUAGAUGGAUCUGAAAUGAAUUCUAUUCCUUUUGAGGCCUAAGAAUUACUUAAACGAAUGCUUGCAAAGAAUCCUUCUGAAAGAAUUACAGCUUAGUAAGCUUUAGAAUCAGAUUUCUUUAACAAGUCUUCUUCCCCAUUAUAAUAAAAGAGUAUAUUUAUAUAUAUUAAAUUAGAACUCAAAGCAUUUAAUGUACCUAAUAUCAACAGUAAGAAUAUCUUCUAACCAACAACAGAUGGACCACUAUCAGAAGCUCAAUCUCCAUUUUAGAGAAUAAGUUAGAAAUGUAAAAAUUAAGUGGAUUUUGAUAUGGAUAUCUAAGAAAAUAAAUGCUCAUCUAUUUAAAUUAGAUAAUUACCAUCUGUAAAAAAGCCUACUUGUGUUAGAUCGGAGGAUUCUACUAUUAGUAGUUUCUAUGCUAAAGAUCCAUUAAGUAGUUUCAAAAAAUUAAAAGGAAGUAUUGCAUUUAUGUUUAUUUAAGCAUCUCAAAAAUAAUUGAAUGAGACUAAAGAAAUCAAAGUUAAUCAAUUUGAUGUUGAAUAAAUGCAAAGAAUUUCAUUAUUUAACAGAAACGAUGAUUAUUGA